GUGAUAUGCUCCUACUAUUAAUACCCCUUUUGCAACUUGCAGCAAAUGGCAUUAUUAUUAGCACAGAAAUAAACAAGCCAUUCUAUUUCAGUGAAGCAGCUGUAAUAUAUAGCAUUGAUAUAGAGUGGACAAAAACAUUAAGAAAAAAUGGGAAGGGCUCCUUGUUGUGAGAAAGUGGGGUUGAAGAGAGGGAGGUGGACAGCAGAGGAGGAUGAAAUUUUAUUGAAAUACAUUCAGGCAAAUGGGGAAGGUUCGUGGAGGUCAUUGCCCAAAAAUGCAGGAUUGUUGAGGUGUGGAAAGAGUUGCAGACUAAGAUGGAUUAACUAUUUAAGGACUGACCUCAAAAGAGGCAACAUUUCUGCUCAAGAGGAAGAUACCAUCGUAAAGCUGCACGCUUCUUUUGGCAACAGAUGGUCAUUGAUAGCAAGUCACUUGCCAGGGCGAACGGACAACGAGAUAAAAAAUUACUGGAACUCUCAUUUGAGCAGAAAAAUCUACAGUUUUCAUAGGGUAACUACUACUUCUACUACUACUACUAUUGAGCCAAGGGUGCUGAUGAGCAUUCCUCCUCGCCCGCGAAGGGGUGGCAGAACUAGCCGUCGGGCCAUGAAGAAGAACAAAAGCAGCUACACCCAAACUCAGAUCAGGCCUAAUAAACCAACUGUAAUUUCGCAACCGAAUAAUGAAACUGCAGUUCCACUACCACCACUGCUGCCGGCCCCGUCACUAGAAAAAGCAGCAGGGGUUGCUGAUGAGGCAAGAAGUGAGGAUUUGGAAUUGACAGAAACCACCGAUGACGACGACAUCUUCCUAGAACUGUUGGAGGUGGAGGGAGACAUUAAUGGCGGCACUGGUGGGGCGUUACGUUUGAGUGAGAUGAUAGAGAGUUGUUUGGUGGAAGAAGGAGAAGAAGGAUGUGGGGUUCCGACAUUAAUUGCUGAGAAUAGAGGGGACAAAUGCAAUGACGUGGAGGGAAAUGAAAUACGAUGGAAUAAGAAUGAAGACAAAAUGGUAUCAUCAUCGUCAUCAUCAUCAUGUGAAGAUCACAAGGAGAGUAGCAGCAGUGUGAAUUUGGACGGUGGUGAUGAUAACUGGAAUUGGGAGAGUGUGAUGGAGUUUAAUGAGGUUGAUGAUGCAUGGGAGCAUAAAGAAAAACUGCUUACGUGGCUGUGGAAUGAUGAUGAUGACUGGGAAAGCGAUGGCAACAACAACUUGGGAGAGAUGAUGGAUCCUGAGAAACAAAAUGAUGUUAUUGCUUGGUUUCUGUCUUGAAAAUUAAUUUUGUGUGAAAAUUAGGAAAGGAGAACAUGAGGUGUAGAAAAAUAAUCUGCAUGUGCUAGCUAGAUUGGGAAAAUUAGAAUAGGCAAUGAAUGAUCAUGAGUUUGUGUUUUAUUACUCCCCCAUUUUGCUCCCAUUUGAGCAUGUGUUCUCACCACCUGUGUUCCCUCACGGCCUCACCCUUGUGUGUAGUAGUACUCUUGUAUUCAAUUUGUUGAGCAGAAAAAGGAAAAAAAUAUCUCCUCA